UGAUUCCAAUCCUUCACAUCUCUCCCGAGACCAAGGCGCUCCUCUGCUGCCUAAAGAUCCGCUUCAAGAUCUUCUAAUGGAGAAGCACUCAACAAUGGAGAAGAUAUCGAGGGCUAUGCUGCACAAGAAGAUAUACAAGAACACCCUCCUUCAAAGGCCAACACCCAAGAAAUGCUUCAUAUUCUACGUAGUCAUUAACACCAAUUUCCCCUCUACUUUUCUCAUUUUACACGGUGAUGGAUUGAAGGAUGUCUACGAUCACAAUAAUUCCGAACAGGAGUGGAGUUGUAGCAUGUUUUGCCACGGUUUCCACAUCACUACACAUGUUAUACUUCGAGCUUCUUGUUGCGAUAUCAGAUUGCUUGUAGAUCGAAGACCACUUAUAUAUGAGUUUUACUUUCACCCGUUGUCUUUCUGCUAUGUUAUAUCCACAAGCUACGUAAAUGUGACCAAAAUCAAGAUGCAAAUCCAGUCGUCUCAAGAGAUUAACCCACAACAACACAACAGUUAGUAUGCCUUGAAUCAAUAUAGAUUAUGUUUCCUAAUUGGGAUAGGAUUAUGUUUCCGAAUUAGGAUAGGAUCUCAUGUGUGUCUAUUUAUAUGGGAGUAGAGCACAUAAUUCUGUAAUCAGACAUCUGAAUCGGAUAGGAUCUCAUGUGUGCCUAUUUAUAUGGGAGUAGAGCACAUAAUUCUGUAAUAAAAAAUCUGAAAUUUGUAGCCAUAAUCCGAAAACAAUAUGAAUAAUAU